CUGACUGCUAGCUCGAGAACCUUUGCGCUUUGUUUACCCGCACCAAGCGUAGCAGCGGAUCCAGCGCACCCACUUUUUCCAUGUGAUAAUCUAACGUAUCGGACGAGCUUUCCCAGCGCGCCCAACUGGCCGUGCACAGUGGAGAGCUGCGUUGCACACGGCCCAGCCUGCACGGGCGACACUUCACACUGGGCGCUCAACACCACAUCCAUCGCCGCGAGAGAGCCCAUCGCACGACGCAGCGCGCCUCUCGAGCUGCCCGUCCCCAUAUUCGUCUGGUCUGCGAUUCUCGUCGCUGCCCAUCCCCGCCCCUCUACAACCCCCGGGCAGGCCUCCGAGGCCCUUGAACCUUGUUGGCAGACGGCAUCAUGGGCGUCUCCCAGUUCUUCUCCAAGCUCUGCGGCUCCUGCUGCGGCGGACGCUCCAAGGACAGCAUCUACGACCCUGUGCUGGCCGACAGCGAGCGUGAAGCUGUCGCCGAUCUCCUGGGCUUCCUCGAAAAUCGCGCCGAGACCGACUUCUUCUCCGGCGAGCCCCUCCGCGCAUUAUCUACCCUAGUAUACUCAGACAAUAUCGAUUUGCAAAGGUCGGCAAGCUUGACCUUCGCCGAAAUCACAGAGAGAGAUGUCCGGGAAGUCGACCGUGACACGCUGGAGCCCAUCCUCUUCCUGCUCCAGAACCCCGACCUUGAAGUCCAGCGUGCUGCCAGCGCCGCCCUGGGCAAUCUAGCGGUGAACACCGAAAACAAGGUCGCCAUCGUCGCACUGGGUGGCCUUGCGCCCCUCAUCAAGCAGAUGAACUCGCCCAACGUCGAGGUGCAGUGCAAUGCCGUCGGGUGUAUCACCAACCUGGCUACGCACGAGGACAACAAGGCCAAGAUUGCACGCUCGGGAGCCCUGCAGCCCCUCACGCGUCUGGCCAAAUCCAGGGACAUGCGCGUGCAAAGGAACGCCACCGGCGCGCUGCUGAACAUGACACAUUCAGACGACAACCGCCAACAGCUUGUCAACGCCGGCGCAAUCCCCGUCCUCGUCCAGCUCCUCUCUUCCACAGACGUCGAUGUCCAGUACUACUGCACAACAGCACUCAGCAACAUCGCUGUCGAUGCCAGCAACCGCGCGAAACUGGCACAGACCGAAGGGCGUCUGGUGCAGUCGUUGGUCCACCUGAUGGAGUCCUCAUCGCCUAAGGUGCAGUGUCAAGCUGCACUCGCCUUGCGCAACCUGGCUUCAGAUGAACGCUACCAGCUCGACAUUGUGCGUGCACGUGGCCUGCCGUCUCUUCUCCGCCUUCUGCAAUCGUCUUACCUCCCCCUUAUCCUCUCCGCUGUUGCAUGUAUACGAAACAUCUCCAUCCACCCCGCAAACGAGUCGCCGAUCAUCGAAGCCGGUUUCCUUCGUCCUCUUGUCGAUCUCCUUGGCUCGACCGAGAACGAUGAGAUCCAAUGUCAUGCCAUCUCGACCCUUCGCAACCUCGCUGCAAGCUCGGACAAGAAUAAGCAGCUAGUGUUGGACGCUGGUGCAGUGCAAAAGUGCAAGCAGCUGGUUCUGAACGUACGAUUGCCCGUGCAGUCUGAGAUGACUGCGGCGAUCGCCGUUCUUGCAUUGAGCGAGGAGUUGAAACCUCAUCUACUCAACCUCGGUGUGUUCGAUGUUCUCAUCCCACUCACAGAGUCAGAGAGCAUUGAGGUUCAGGGCAACAGUGCCGCGGCCCUUGGCAACCUGUCUUCGAAGGUGGGCGACUACACCAUCUUCAUCCAGAACUGGACGGAGCCCGCAGGUGGUAUUCACGGCUACCUCCGCCGCUUCUUAGCCAGCGGAGACCCUACAUUCCAGCACAUCGCCAUCUGGACACUGCUGCAGCUUCUCGAGUCCGAGGAUGCCCGACUGUCAGAGCGCAUUUCCAAGUCAGACGAGAUCAUUCACAUGGUCAUCGAAAUCGCGGAGCGCAACAUCGAAUCCGAUGACGAAGAUAACGAAGACGGCGAAGGCGAGGUUGUCACACUUGCCCGCAGAUGUCUUGAGCUGUUGGGCAACAACCCCAAGACUCUCGUCGAGGGAUAAAACUGCUGGACGCAUCUUCGAUCCGGCUUCAUUGAUCACAUCUUUGCCUCUCUUUAAUCUCAUCGUUUGUUUUUGUUAAUGCGUUCAUGUUGAAUGCUGCUCGGUAUGGCAUGCUCAUGCAAAAUGUUUUCACGGCUGGCGUUUCCGGGAGCAGACUAUUUCCAACAUUUCUAGCGAGCAUGGGAGGAGCAUGACGUUUACUUAUUGGCAUACCAUCUUUGUUAGCACCGCUGCUUGACCAGGAAUAGCCUGUUGCUCGAGAGACACUGUAAUUGUUAGGGUUGGAUGAGGAGCAGAGCAUGGCGCUCUUUACGUAUAUUGUGGACGAAUCAAAAUGAGG